UCCUCCUGGGGGAUUUCCCAUUCUAAUUAACAUAUUCUUACAUGAAACAAAAUUAUUUGUGCAUGUUUGCUCUGGAUUUAGAAUGUCCUAAACCACUACAAACUAUUAUGUUUGUUACCGCAAUCACUUAAAAAGUGAAGAAAAUUUUUUUUACCAAGGCAGUUGUAGGCUACAUUCACCAUGAUAGUUCAUCGUUUUGUACCGUUUGCCUGUUGAUCCAGAGGGGCUCUGCUGGCGAUCGAUGGCCUGAGUUUGUGAAUGACAGAAAUGGCCUUGACACGAGCGAUGUCAGUGCACUGAUUUAAUCCAAGAAGCAGAGGGUGAGAGCCGAGGAUUGUAAGUCUGGCCUGGGCAGCAUUAUCUCUGCGUGGAACAUACCAUCUAAGACCUAACGAUGGAUUGGCUCUCGGUGCUUCACGUCCUUCUGCUAGCUUUUUUUGUUUUCGUGAUAUGUCAAUUGACCCGCCUAUAUUUCGCCGACAGUGACUUAACAUUGCAGUGGGCUCAUCAUUUCGGGGUUCCAACCAGUCAUCUGCGUGGAAAGGUUGUGUGGAUCACAGGAGCCUCCAGUGGGAUCGGAGAGCAUCUGUCUUAUGAAUUGGCUGCGGCUGGAUGCAGGCUUGUACUCUCUGCCAGGCGCAAAGAUGAACUGGAGAGAGUGAAAAAACAGUGUCAAUUGAGUGGACGAGUUGCCGACGCUGACAUUCUGGUUUUACCUCUUGAUGUUGUGAAAUUUGACACACAUAAAGAGCACGUGCGCACUGUGAUUGAUCAUUUUAAACAGAUUAAUAUUUUAGUGAAUAACGCAGGAAGAUCUCAGCGUGCACACUGGCAAGACAUCUCACUGUUAGUUGACAGGGAGAUGCUGGAGGUGAAUGUGUUAGGCGUUCUCUCUCUAACCCGGGCCGUUCUUCCCCAUAUGAUAACGUCGAAAGGAGGACAGAUUGUGGUCGUUAGCAGUAUGGCCGGAAAAUUGGGAACGCCGUUGUCCGGUUCUUACAGUGGAUCAAAACAUGCCCUUCACGGCCUCUUUGAAACUCUACGGAUUGAAGGACAUGCAAUGAACAUAAAAAUCACAAUGGUUUGCCCUGGUCACGUGUUUUCUUCCAUACGGCAAAAAGCUAUGACUGAGAAGCCGGGAGAGGAAUAUGGUGUAAAGAUGAAGCCCAAUGAAAGGCGCAUGUCAACGUCUCGCUGUGCACUGCUGAUGGCUGUGGCGAUUGCCAAUCAGCUGGACGAAGUGUGGAUAUCAAUCCAUCCUGUGUUACUUUUCACCUACAUGGCUCAAUAUAUGCCCACCCUGGCUCGGAGAUUAGCUGUCCGCAUUGGGAUGAGGGUAAUAGAAGACAUUCGUCAUGGAAAAUGACAAAACUGAGUAGAAUGACUUGUUGAACUCUGCCAUACCAUAUACCUGGACAGACCGGUUCCCAUGGCAGUUGCAUGUGACCCCUCCAUGUUUACAGAUGUACGCACUUAACUCUUACUUACAUAGUCAGAAAAAAGCGGCUUGCACGCCAUUGCUUUCUUUUAUGACUCUAUAGCGCAUGCUCAUCCCGGAUGUAGUGUAAUUACAAGACGGAAGGGCUGAUAUGAUUUUUUCCUGAGGUGUGAUAUCUUAAUUGUCUGACUGGAACACUUAGAACAGUUAAAGGUGAAUGAUUCCCCGUUGCUAAGGCCUGCAUGCCAACAAAGAGAAAGUGGUCUAUUGACAUAAUAGUUCUUUCUUUAUUUUAUUUGAACAUGUACAUGGCACAUAGAGUCUAAGGCAGUUCAACUAUAUAGUAAUAAGCUAAUUCAUAUUACAAAUUAGCUUAAUUUGUGAUAUGAACAAAUUACACACAGUGUGAUGAACGGAACUAUCAGAGACAAACGUUGAUGUACAUAUGUACCUCUAAAAGUAGCCAAAUUAAAAAUUUGG